AUGGGUGAGCAAACUGGUCAAUUCUCUUUCCCUAAGGAAGAGGAAAAAAUACUCAGUUUCUGGAAUGAAAUUGACGCCUUCCAGACGUCUUUGAACCUAAGCAAGGACAAACCUGAGUUUUCAUUUUUUGACGGCCCUCCCUUUGCCACUGGUACUCCUCACUAUGGGCACAUUCUUACCUCCACUGUGAAAGAUGUGGUCCCCAGAUAUGCCACCAUGAAUGGCUAUCACGUUGAGAGAAGGUUUGGAUGGGAUACACACGGUCUACCGAUUGAGCACAUCAUCGACAAGAAGUUAGGUAUCACUGGUAAAGAAGAUGUCUACAAAAUGGGUAUCGACAAGUACAAUGACGAGUGUAGAGCUAUUGUCAUGACAUACGCGGAGGAAUGGCGCAAGACCAUUGGACGGGUGGGACGCUGGAUUGACUUCGAUAAUGAUUACAAAACCAUGUAUCCGUCUUUCAUGGAAUCCACAUGGUGGGCUUUCAAACAACUUUUCGAAAAGGAUCAAGUUUACCGUGGUUACAGGGUCAUGCCCUAUUCUACCGGUUGCACCACCCCAUUGAGUAAUUUCGAGGCUCAACAGAACUACAAAGAAGUGAACGACCCUGCUGUCACAUGGGCUUUCAAGGCUAUUGGUUUGGAGAACACCUAUUUGGUCGCCUGGACCACCACUCCCUGGACCAUCCCCUCUAACUUGGCUCUGUGUGUUAACGCGGACUUUGAAUACGUCAAGAUCUACGAUGAAGUUAGAGACAAGCAUUUUAUCUUGCUAGAAUCUUUGAUCAAAUCCCUUUACAAAAAACCUGAGAAGGAGAAGUAUAAGGUCGUAGAGAAAAUUUCGGGUAAGGACCUUGUUGGGAUCAAGUAUGAGCCUGUUUUCCCUUACUUCAAAGAAGCCUUUUCUGAAAAAGCCUUCCGCGUGAUUGCUGAUAGCUACGUGACCAGCGAUUCGGGUACUGGUAUUGUGCACAAUGCUCCAGCCUUUGGUGAAGACGAUUACAGAAUCUGCCUGGCUAAUGGCAUUAUUUCCGAAGAUGACGAAUUACCCAACCCAGUUGAUGAUUCCGGGAGAUUUAAGCAACCUGUCACUGAUUAUCUUGGUCAAUAUGUUAAAGACGCCGACAAACAGAUUAUUAAGGACUUGACCGCUAGCGGAGUUAUGAUCAACAACACCCAAAUCAGACACAGCUAUCCAUUUUGCUGGAGAUCUGACACGCCAUUGCUAUACAGAUCGGUCCCCGCCUGGUUUGUACGGGUCAAGCCUAUCAUUCCAACGUUUUUGGAAUCGGUCCAAAAAUCGCACUGGGUUCCUAACGUUAUCAAGGAGAAGAGAUUUGCGAACUGGAUCGCCAAUGCCCGUGAUUGGAACGUUUCCAGAAAUAGAUACUGGGGUACGCCAAUUCCAAUUUGGGUUUCUGAAGACUAUGAAGAAGUGGUAUGUAUCGGUUCCGUUCAAGAGCUAGAGGAGUUAUCUGGCGUUACAGGUAUUGAAGAUCUGCACCGUGACAGCAUUGACCAAAUCACCAUCCCAUCCAAGAAGGGUAAAGGAGUGUUGAAGAGAAUUGACGAGGUUUUUGACUGUUGGUUUGAGUCGGGUUCUAUGCCUUAUUCCUCGCAGCAUUAUCCUUUCGAGAAUAAAGAAGUUUUCAAGGAUAGAGUUCCCGCCAAUUUCAUCUCUGAAGGCUUGGAUCAAACUAGAGGUUGGUUCUACACUCUAGGUGUUCUUGGUUCGCAACUUUUUGGCCAAGUUCCUUACCAAAAUGUUAUUGUCUGUGGUAUUGUUUUAGCUGCUGAUGGUAGAAAGAUGUCGAAGAGUUUGAAGAAUUACCCAGAUCCAAACCUCGUUCUAGAUAAAUAUGGUGCGGAUGCGUUGAGGCUUUACUUGAUCAACUCUCCAGUUUUGAAGGCAGAGAGUUUGAAAUUCAGAGAGGAGGGUGUUAAAGAAGUUAUUUCCAAGGUUCUUUUGCCAUGGUGGAAUUCCUUCAAGUUUUUGGAAGGGCAAAUUGCCUUACUCAAGAAAAACUCCAACAUUGAUUUCAAGUACAAUCCGGAACUAAAGAGUAACAACGUUAUGGAUAAAUGGAUCUUAGCUUCCUUACAAACACUUGUCCAAAACAUUCACGAGGAAAUGAAAGCUUACAAACUUUACUCUGUGGUUCCAAGGUUAUUGGAUUUCAUUGAUCAAUUGACGAACUGGUACAUUCGUUUAAACCGUCGUCGUCUGAAGGGUGAAAGCGGCGAACAAGAUUGUAUGCAAGCUCUCAAUGCGCUUUUCGAUGCACUGUUUACUUUCGUUUGUGCCAUGGCUCCAUUUACUCCCUUCUUGUCCGACAACAUUUAUUUGAGACUCAGAGAAUACAUACCGCAGGAGGUCUUGAGCAAAAUUAGUAAGGAUAGCAGAUCUGUCCACUUUUUAUCGUACCCAGUGGUUGACGAAACAUUAUUUGAUGACGAUAUCGAAAGGGCUAUGGCUAGAAUGCAAGCGGUCAUCGACCUAGGUAGAAAUAUCCGUGAGAAAAAGACUAUCUCGCUGAAGACCCCUCUAAAGUCUUUGGUUAUUUUCCACAGCGAUCCAGAAUAUCUCAAGGAUGUUGAGUUGCUUGCUCCAUAUAUUGUAGAAGAGCUCAACGUUCGUGAUUUGAUCAUUACUUCUGAUGAUGCCAAGUACAACAUCGAAUACAAGGCUGCUGCUGACUGGCCAGUGCUGGGUAAAAAAUUGAAGAAAGACGCCAAGAAGGUCAAGGUUGCCCUACCAAAUGUCACUUCCCUGGAGGUCCACAAGUACUUGGAAACCGGCAAGAUUGUGGUUGACGGAAUCGAACUCACGAAGGGCGAUUUAACGGUCAUGCGAGUCUUAUCAGAAGACUCUGUUGCGGACGGGCUGGAAACCAGGACUGAUCAAGACGUCUUGAUCAUCUUGGACACCAAAAUCUACCCAGAGCUCAAAACCGAAGGUUUGGCCAGAGAGCUCGUUAACAGAAUUCAAAAAUUGCGGAAGAAGUGUGGGCUUGACGCCACUGACGAAGUCGCUGUUCAGUAUGAACUAGUUAAGGACACCAUCGAGCUUCCACAAGUCAUCAAGACUCACUUUGAAAUGUUGAGCAAGACUUGUAGAUCGGAAAUUACUAAAUUUGAUGGAUCUCUCAAGUCUGAAAUUGCUGACGAGGAACAGUCCAUCAAUGACACCGUUUUCAGAUUGAAACUGUUUAGUUUAUGA